AUGCCACGAUUUACCUCCGCCCUUCGACCCGUCUUCAACUCGAGAACUUUCUCUGCGAUAGGCUCGUUGCGGUCUGAUCGCCCCCCUGUCUCACAAUACCCUGAGAUCAACGAGUCGCCGGUGGAAGAAAAAUCCACUGAACUGGAAAGCGAUUCCUCGGUAUCGUCCCACAUUCCCUGGUAUCUCCAGGAAGAAUCACCCGCUACCGAAAGUCGUCCAGUAUCUGGAGAUCACAUCCCGGAGAUACCAGAAAAUUCGCCUGAAAUCCUCCCCACCCUCGUCGAAUAUACAUACAAGGAUCUUGGUCUGGAUAGUCUGAAGCUUUACGACCUGCGUGGCCUCGAAAUCCCUGCCGCUCUGGGAGCUAAUGUUAUCAUGAUCAUUGGCACAGCGCGCAGUGUGAAACAUUUAAACGUUUCUGCUGAUCGCCUCUGCCGCUGGUUGCGGAGCACGUACAAGCUUUCCCCUUAUGCGGAUGGCUUGUUGGGACGCAACGAGCUCAAGAUCAAGCUUCGUCGCAGGGCCAAGCGUGCGCGUGCUGCCAGCGCUGCCGGCGCAUUCAUUGACGAGAAGGACGAUGGGAUUACCACCGGCUGGAUUUGUGUCAAUGCGGGUGUGAUAGACAAGAACGCCCCAAGGGCAGAGCUCAGUGAUCUAGGCUUUGAAGGAUUUGGUCAAGUCGAUACGGGCACCAGCGUCGUGGUCCAGAUCUUUACGGAAGAGAAGCGAGCCGAGGUCGAUCUCGAUGGUCUUUGGGAAAAGACUUUCGAAAGGGCUGAAAAGAAACGACUCCAAGAUAUACAGAAAGAUUCUACUGCUGCUUCUCAAUAUCCGGCCACCAGUGGCUCUCCUUUCGGCCUUGGCGGUCAGAAGCGGCACCUUCAUUCUGCUCAACGAGAUGUGUUGCCUCACAACAAUUUUAGCGAAUCGAGCUUGUCUGAUGUUUUGGCUGCCACGUCCGCUUCGCAGAAAACACGAGGAAAAAAUAUGAGCACUGAAUCUUUGCUAAAACUGUUGGUUGGACUCCCUCAUGAGAGCGCCCGGAAUGAAUUGGGGACCGGUCCUGAAGAUCAAAAGUCUACACUUUUUCUGCAGCUCCUGUAUGCCAGCUUGCCACCGAGCAUGGCGGAACCGGAGAUCACCCAUCUACGUUUGAAUCUGUUUUCGAUCGCUGUAUCUCGGCAACACUCCGCGUAUAGCAAGGAUGAGCUGUUUAGCACAUUCUCCGGCCUUCUGAACGGUGGCCACGACCUUUCAGACGACCUCGCCUUUGAGAUUCUUGCCGCCCUUCUGACACCGAGGCUGGAGAACAUCCAGCAACCAUCACCGUAUCUCCCGGAAUCGGACAUGGAACUGGCCUUGCAGGUUCUUGAUCGCCUGAGCCUUCGUGGCGUCCCGAUUCUCAAUUACAAAUUGUUCAACAUGCUUUAUCAAGUCGUUGAUAUCCCUACAACCCCUUCUUCUGGGCCACCACCCCACAAGUCAGCUUCACGGCCGAUGAACAGCAAACGAUGGACUGAGUCUCAGCGACAAAAGCUGGCCCGGCUAUCGAAGAUCGUGGCGGCCGCGGAGGUUCCAUUUGACGCGCCCGAAGCUCGCAAACUCAUGGUGACCCAGUUUCGAUGGGAGGAUUACGAUGGAUUUUGGCGUCUGUGGCGACAGCUACCCCUGAAAGGUGCUCGGCGCACGCGAGAGGACUACGCCCAGCUGUUCCAGCUCCACGCAGAUCUGGGCGACGAGCUCCGGGCACGAGACUGCCUAUCAGCGUGGGUGCCCAUGAUGGCCCGGGAACAAAACCCGAUUGUACUUCAGGGGCCGCUUGUUAACUCACUGAUGCACUGUCUACUGGUGGCAGAUCCGAACAUUCACACUCGCUCGGAGGAUGCCUCUCCGAGCUAUUUCUCGGAGGUUUGGACUCGAUGCCAAAGUGCGUUGGCUCAGGCUGCAGCCCAUGAUGACGCUUGGUAA